UGACGGUGUCGGUGAUCCCUGGGAUCCCCGUUAAUAUCCCGACUUUCCUUCAUCAUUUUCUGGGUUUUUCCGGCCGUUUGUGAGCCGGGGAGCCGCUCCGGGUCUGUGCCGGUCUGUGGCGCCUCUCCGCCGGCCUCCAGCGGCAGGUGCAUUCGGUGCGGGGCUGUGGUGGUCGGCGGUUUUUCUCCGGUGAUAAAUCGGCGCCGUAAUCUCCGGAUUUCAGCCUGAAACAGCGGACAGACGGCGGCAGGAAUCAGCCGAGGGAUUUUCUCUCAUUUCAGCCUUCAGACGCUUCGUUUGUGGAAUUACCUCAAAUUUACACAGUGUCGGUUAUUUUACCACCGGGACGAACCGAACCUCGGUCAGAAAAACACAGAUUAUAUAUCCGCAUGUUUCCCCAUUCAAAGCUGAUUUUAAUAUUUGUACAGGAGCUGCUGACAUGUGGUGUUUUAUAUAUUUAUAUUGUACAGUGACCUUCCUAUAAUGUCCCACAUAUGACAGAUUUAUUCAACCUUAAUCUGAAUUAUUGUUCUAAUACUAUAUUUAAAAAAGAAGCCUAUAAAAUUCUAUAAAACGUUAAAAUCAGAUUUUUGUAAUAACUGUUUAUACUGUAGUCUGUUAAUUUUAACAAAUCCACAAAAUUUCCCGUCAUUUCUACCAAAAAAAAAGUGACACGUUUGUUUUCCUGCCAUUAUUCAGUCAUUUCUGUUCUAAAGAUUAAAAAAAUAAUUUAGAUACGUUAUUAUACGUUAGAUACGUUCUUAAACUUUUCCCUUGAAGCCAAAUAGCAACAACACAGAAAUAUUCUUGACUGAUUUAAAUUAAUGUGUCUCCGUGUUUUUAGAUAAAAUCAAAUGUUUAUGUUUUUGUUUUCAUAAAGCUCCUUAAAAUUUUGUCAAAAAGCAACAAAACUAACAGCUGUUAAGUUCAGGUGGGAUAAAAUUUUGGCCUCAGAAAUUAUUUUAUUAAUUUUACAUUUCUGGAUAUAAAGUGGCUUUAAAAAAUAGCCUUAAUUUUUGUGAGAAAAAUAUUCUGCAUUGUAGUAUUUGUGAUUUAUUGGACGAUCAAAAAAAUCAGAUUGACUAUUUUGAUUACUAUAUUUAACCGAUGCCUGAACUUUAACUUGUUUCCUACGAAAAAUCACAAAAUGUUUGUCUCUGACUACAAACGUUCUCAGACCAACAACUUUAUAUUUUGUAGCUUAGCAGCUAAAAUAUUUUACCAUCUCGAACACUGUCUUUAAAGGCAACAUUGGCAGAAUUAAAGGUACAGUACGCAGAUUUAUUCAGUCACUGAAACGUUACAGACCCAGAACUUUAAUAGGUGUCAGGACGUAGUUCGCUAAAGGUUUUGUAGCACAGAGAGACGUCCUGUAACUUCGGUAAAAAAAACUUUAUAACUCGGCCUUAAUCAUUAUUUAACUGUGAAAAACUAAAAGUUUAAACUCUGUGUUUUAUGAAUUCACUGUGGGACUAGUCUGAAACACGAACCUCUGCUGAGUUUGAAGAAGCUGCAGUCGGGAAUUAUGGAAAGUGUAGUUGGAUGUUGCGCUGUUAAAGGAACUACAGUGAUGGACUCCAGGACCCAGCAGUGUUAGGAACAGGACCAGGCUUGGAUGGACACGGACUCAGGACCUUCAGAGCAGAUGCUACGAACCUUCUUAGAGCCGAUCAGACCUCCUGGUUCAGAAGACGUUGGCGUUUAUUUUUCUCGUGGAUGUUUAACGUUGAGCUUCAGGCUCUGAGGGAACAUGGCGGAUAAGACGGCGCCGCGCUGCCAGCUGAGGCUGGAGUGGAUCCACGGAUACCGAGGUCACCAGUGUCGGAACAACCUGUACUACACCGCUGGAAAAGAGGUGGUGUACUUCGUGGCCGGAGUGGGCGUGGUCUACAACACCCGGGAGCACACCCAGAAGUUCUACCUGGGACACAACGAUGACAUCAUCAGCCUGGCGAUCCAUCCAGAUAAGAUCCAGGUGGCGACAGGUCAGGUGGGGAAGGACCCGUACAUCUGUAUCUGGGACACCUACGCCAUGCAGACUGUCUCCAUCCUGAGGGACGUCCACACACACGGAGUGGCCUGCCUCUCCUUCGACUCUGACGGACAGCGGCUGGCGUCGGUCGGUCUGGACGCCAAGAACACGGUGUGUGUUUGGGAUUGGAGGAGAGGACGAGUUCUCGCCACAGCGACUGGACACUCAGACCGAAUCUUUGACGUGGCCUGGGAUCUGUUCCAGUCCAGCCGGCUGGUCAGCUGUGGAGUCAAACACAUCAAGUUCUGGACUCUUUGUGGAAACGCUCUGACUCCGAAGAGAGGGAUUUUUGGGAAGACGGGCGACCUGCAGACCAUCCUGUGUGUCUCUGCAGCCAAAGACGAGCUGACGUACUCUGGAGCUCUGAACGGAGACGUCUACGUGUGGAGAGGAAUCACUCUGAUCAGGACCGUACAGGCUGCACAUGGGGCGGGGAUCUUCAGCAUGCAUGCCUGUGAAGAAGGAUUCGCCACCGGAGGACGAGACGGCUGCAUUCGACUGUGGGACAUCGACUUCAAACCCAUCACCAAGAUCGACCUGAGAGAGGCCGAGCAGGGAUACAAAGGUCUGUCCAUUCGCAGUGUUUGCUGGAAGGCUGACCGGAUCCUGGCAGGGACUCAGGACAGCGAGAUCUUUGAGGUCAUGGUCCGAGACCGGGACAAACCGGUUCUCCUGAUGCAGGGUCACAGUGAGGGCGAGCUGUGGGCACUCGACCUGCAUCCCAAACAGCCAGUCGCUGUCACCGGGAGCGAUGACCGUUCGGUCAGGCUGUGGAGUCUUCCUGACCACACUCUGCUGGCUCGCUGUAACAUGGAGGAAUCUGUUCGAAGUGUUUCCUUCAACAAUGACGGCUCUCAGCUCGCUCUGGGCAUGAAGGACGGAUCUUUCACUGUGCUGCGUGUCAGGGACAUGACGGAGGUUGUUCACAUCAAGGACAGGAAGGAGGUGAUCCAUGAGCUGAAGUUUUCUCCAGACGGUGCUUUCCUGGCAGUGGGAUCAAACGACGGGCUGGUGGAUGUCUACGCUGUUGCCCAGCGCUACAAGAAGGUGGGUGAGUGUAGCCGCUCCACCUCCUUCAUCACCCACCUGGAUUGGUCGGUCGACAGCCGCUUCCUGCAGACCAAUGACGGUGCUGGAGAGCGGCUCUUCUACAGGAUGCCAGCAGGGAAGCAGGUUCCCAAAGAGGAGGCGAAGGGGAUCCACUGGAUGACAUGGACGAGCGUCAUUGGGGCCGAGGUGAACGGCAUCUGGCCCAAAUACUCCAACGUCACCAAUGUGAACUCUGUGGAUGCCAACUACAGCAGUGCAGUGCUGGUGACUGGAGACGACCUCGGCCUUGUUAAACUCUUUAGGUUCCCCUGCUUAAAGAAAGGAGCCAAAUUCAAAAAGUACAUUGGUCACUCUGCCCACGUGACCAACGUCCGCUGGUCCAAUGACCUGCAGUGGGUUGUCAGCACUGGUGGCGCCGACCACGCCGUCUUCCAGUGGAGGUUCCUCCCUGAAGGUGUCAUGAAUGGCGUCUUGGAGCCCCUCCUCCAAGAGGGUUACGCCGACUCCAACAGCGGAGAGUCAGACUCAGACGUGUCGGAUGUCCCCGAGCUCGACUCGGACAUCGAACAGGAAGCUCAGACUAGCUACGAACGUCAGGUGUAUAAGGAGGACCUGCCUCAGCUGAAGAAGAAGCUGAUUGGUUCUCUGAAACGGCAGAAAGCUCCGGAGGAGGGGCUUCGUCUGCAGUUUGUUCAUGGGUAUCGGGGAUUUGACUGUCGGAACAACCUGUUCUACAGUCAGGCAGGGGAGGUGGUGUACCACGUGGCCGCUGUUGCCAUCGUCUACAACCGGCUGCAGCACAGUCAGAGAUUUUACCUCGGCCACGACGAUGACAUCCUCAGCCUCGCGGUCCACCCGCUCAAAGACUACGUGGCCUCCGCGCAGGUGGGCAGAGACCCAGCUGUCCAUGUCUGGGACAUCCAGACCCUGAAGUGUCUGUCACUGCUGAAGGGACACCACAGCAGAGGAGUGUGUGCCCUGGAGUUCACAGCGGAUGGGAAGAGUUUGAUUUCUGUUGGGAUCGAUGAUUUUCACUCCAUUGUUAUCUGGGACUGGAAGAAAGGAGAGCGACUGGCCAAGGCCAGGGGUCAUAAAGAUAAAAUCUUUGUGGUCAAGAGUAAUCCUUUCAGGAUGGACAAACUGGUGACAGUGGGGAUGAAACACAUCAAGUUCUGGCAACAUUCAGGUGGCGGCCUGACAUUUAAACGGGGGAUAUUCGGGAACCUGGGGAAACAGGAGACGAUGAUGUCUGCAUGUUACGGUCGAUCUGAAGACCUGGUUUUCUCCGGAGCCACAAACGGAGACGUUUAUAUCUGGAGAGACACAACGCUCAUCAAGACCAUCAAAGCUCACGACGGCCCUGUGUUCGCAAUGUGCUCCCUGGACAAGGGUUUUGUGACGGGGGGGAAGGACGGCAUCGUGGAGCUCUGGGACGACAUGUUUGAGAGAUGUUUGAAGACGUACGCCAUCAAGAGAGCCGCUCUGUCUCCGUCAUCUAAAGGUCUGCUGCUGGAGGACAACCCGUCCAUCAGAGCCAUCACUCUGGGUCAUGGUCACAUCCUGCUGGGAACAAAGAAUGGAGAAAUCCUGGAGAUUGACAAGAGUGGACCCAUGACGCUGCUGGUUCAGGGUCACAUGGAAGGGGAGGUUUGGGGUUUGGCGGCUCACCCUCUACUUCCUGUUUGUGCCACCGUCAGCGAUGACAAAACUCUGAGGAUCUGGGAGCUGUCGGCCAAUCACCGUAUGGUCGCCGUCCGCAAACUCAAGAAAGGUGAGACAGGUAUCCCACAGCAUGUUACUCUGCUUAAUGUGAUACUCACCUGUUUAUAUGUCUUACCUGUGUGUUACCUGACAGGUGGGCGGUGCUGCGCCUUCUCUCCUGACGGUAAAGCUCUGGCAGUCGGUCUGAACGACGGCAGCUUCCUGGUGGUGAACGCCGACACUCUGGAGGACAUGGUGACCUUCCACCACCGCAGAGAGCUAAUCUCAGACAUCCGCUUCUCCCAAGAUGCUGGGAAGUACCUGGCUGUUGCGUCCCAUGAUUCCUUUGUGGACAUUUAUAAUGUCCUGACCAGUAAGAGAGUUGGCAUCUGUAAAGGAGCUGGCAGCUACAUCACUCACAUCGACUGGGACUCUAGAGGUAAACUGCUGCAGGUGAACACUGGAGCUAAAGAGCAGCUGUUCUUUGAGGCUCCACGAGGACGCAAACAGAACAUCAGCAUGGCCGAGUUUGAGAAGCUGGACUGGGCUAGCUGGACAUCAGUUCUGGGUCCGACCUGUGAGGGAAUAUGGCCGACACUCAGCUUCGUUAACGCCGCCUCGCUCACCAAAGAUCACACACUGCUUGCCACCGGAGAUGACUUUGGUUUUCUCAAACUAUUCAGCUUCCCGUCCAGGGGCCAGUUUGCAAAGUUUAAGAAGUAUGUGGGCCACAGCACCAAUGUGACGAACGUCCGCUGGUCCAACGAUGACUCCAUGCUGCUGUCAGUGGGUGGGGCUGACACAGCGCUGAUGAUCUGGACCAGAGAGCCACCGGGACACAAAGAGAGCAAAGCUAUGGACAGUGAGGAGUCGGACGACGACACUGAGGAGGAUGGAGGUUACGACAGCGACGUGGCUCGGGAGAAGGUGGUGGACUACGUCACCAAGAUCUACUCUGCCAGCAUCAGGAGCAUGUCAGGAACCAAACCUCACAUGCAGCACAAAGAGCUUCCUGUGGAGGAGAGGCCUCCUGUGAGCCGAGCUGCACCGCUGCCCGACAAACUGCUGAAGAACAAUGUGACCAAGAAGAAGAAGGUGGUGGAGGAGCUGGUGUUGGAGCACGUCUUCGGCUACAGAGGCUUUGACUGUCGCAACAACCUGCAUUACCUCAACGACGGCGCUGACAUCAUCUUCCACACCGCCGCUGCUGUAGUGAUCCAGAACCUGUCCGCCGGAACUCAGAGUUUCUACCUGGAACACACCGACGACAUCCUCUGUCUGACCGUCAAUCAGCAUCCGAAGUACCAGAACAUCAUUGCUACAGGACAGAUCGGCCUCGCCCCGUCCAUCCAUGUGUGGGACGCCAUGACAAAGCAGACGCUGUCCAUCCUCCGCUGUUCCCAUGCGAAAGGUGUCGGCUACGUCAACUUCAGCGCCACAGGAAAGCUGCUACUGUCUGUGGGAGUGGAACCUGAACACACCAUCACGGUGUGGAGGUGGCAGGAAGGCACCAAGGUGACCAGUAAAGGUGGCCAUGCUGAGCGGAUCUUUGUGGUGGAGUUUAGACCGGACUCUGACACCCAGUUUGUGUCGGUGGGAAUCAAACACAUCAAGUUCUGGACUCUGGUUGGAGGUUCACUCAUGUACAAGAAAGGUGUGAUCGGCUCGGUGGAGGACGGCCGCAUGCAGACCAUGCUGUCUGUGGCCUUUGGUGCUAACAACCUGACGUUCACUGGUGCUAUAAACGGAGAUGUCUAUGUGUGGAGGGAGCACUUCCUGGUGCGGGUGGUGGCGAAGGCACACAGCGGUCCAGUCUUCACCAUGUAUACCACCCUGAGGGAUGGACUCAUUGUCACAGGGGGGAAGGAACGACCGACUAAAGAGGGCGGCGCUGUGAAGCUGUGGGACCAGGAGAUGAAGCGCUGCCGAGCGUUUCAGCUGGAGACUGGACAGCCGGUGGAGAACGUCCGAUCUGUCUGCAGAGGGAAGGGAAAGAUCCUGGUGGGAACCAAAGAUGGAGAGAUAAUAGAAGUUGGAGAAAAGAAUGCUGCCUCCAACACCAUGAUCAACGGACACACUCAGGGAGGGAUCUGGGGUUUGGCAACUCACCCUUUCAAAGACGUCUUCAUCUCUGCCAGUGACGACGGGACAAUCAGAAUAUGGGACCUUGCCGAUAAGAAACUCCUGAACAAGGUGAGUUUGGGUCACCCCGCCAAGUGCACCUCCUACAGCCCCAACGGAGAGAUGGUUUCCAUCGGCAUGGAGAACGGAGAAUUCAUCAUCCUGCUGGUCAACUCCCUCACCGUCUGGGGCAAGAAAAGAGACCGCAGCGUCGCCAUCCAGGACAUAAGGUUCAGUCCAGAUAUUCGGUUCUUGGCGGUGGGUUCAGUUGAAAGUGCUGUGGAUUUUUACGACCUUUCUCUCGGACCAUCCCUCAACCGGAUCGGUUACUGUAAGGACAUCCCUGGCUUCGUCAUCCAGAUCGACUUUUCUGCUGACAGCAAACACAUCCAGGUGUCCACCAGCACCUACACCCGGCAGGUGCACGAAGUUCCCUCUGGGAAGAUCGUAACAGAGCAGUCUGUCUUAGAGAGGAUCACCUGGGCUACCUGGACCAGCAUCCUGGGCGAUGAGGUUCUCGGCGUUUGGCCUCGUAACGCUGAGAAGGCUGACGUUAACUGUGCUUGUGUUUCCCACGCCGGUGUCAACCUGGUGACAGGAGACGACUUCGGCCUCAUCAAACUCUUUGAGUUUCCCUGCUCCGAAAAAUUCGCGAAACACAAGCGUUACUUUGGUCACUCUGCUCAUGUGACCAACAUUCGCUUCUCCUGUGAUGAUAAAUACAUCAUCAGUGCCGGUGGCAGUGACUGCAGUUUAUUUGUGUGGAAAUGUCAGUGAGCUCUACCUGGAUCCUCCACCUGAGUCUUCACCUGAGAUGCUGCAUUCACCUGACGCUUCAGUCCCUUUACCUGAGAUCACACCGGACAGGAAGUCUGAACACAAACAGCCUGCGAGCGUUUAAAUCCACAGACUGAACCGCCCGGGUUUGAGAGUUUUCUGCUGCUGUGGGAUCAAACCUGUGAUGUCUCUGCUACGAGACGCUCUGUGGGGGGGGGGUCAGUCUUUUAUUGUGACGUAGUUGUUCUUGUACAUUCAGAUGCUUUUAUUGUGAAACUGAAGAGAAGUUGUUUUUAUUUCUGUGUUCGUUAACUUUGUUUUAAACCUGAGGAAAGUGCAGUUUUUCGGUUUUACCUCUGAAGAAGUCGUAGCUGUUUGAUGUAGCAGUGUUUGUCAGUAUGUGCCUUUCUCACAAAGUCUGACCAAACAUUUGAUACAACUUUAUUUAUAAUCGUGGUGCUGAUUAUUUAGGGCUUUUACAGACAUGGACGAUAAAUACUGUCACUGUAUUGUUUGUUUUUUAUCUCAUACUGUCCAAUGAUGCAGUCGUGUUUCACUGCAGUAUUAAACUGAAGUAGAAAACAAUAGAAGAAAGAUGGAUCAUUGUUUGAUCCCAGUUAUUAAAAAACAAUUUGAAUAAAACUUGUUUGAUAAGCAAAAGAUUCUACCUCAAAAUAGAGUGAAAAUAAAUAACAGGAAAUAAUAUUUAAGGUAGAAAAUAGCUAUUUAUUAGAAUUAAAUUUUAAGUGAGCAGAGCAUCCUUUUCUGUCCACAUGAGGGCGCUGUGACUUCUCUGUGUUCAACUGCUGUGGAAAUAAAACUGGAGGAAACUGAGUGCUAAUUUUUGAUGUCUGGAUUUAAACUAAAAUAUUUAGGAACCUCUACAACAACAGAAAUAUAACUGGUAAUAUUGUUUUUAUGCAGGUUCGGGGGCAGUAAAUGUAAAAUCCAACAUAUUGUUUUUCAGGAUCCAUCAGCUUCAGUUUCUUCUGUCGCUAAAGUCUAAAGACGAACAUGAAGAAGAGUUUUCAGAUUUUCCUCUAAUCUUUUGAUUACAUUAAAAACCAGUGAUGGUGAUCCUGUGUAACUGGUUAAACUAAACUAACCUGGGCCAGACUAACAGCAGCAGCUCAGGUGAGCUUCAUUUACCUGUUCAGAUGUCCCUCUGCUGGUGACUCAGUUCCACUGGAGAUUUCUGGAUCCUGUUUCACAAAAACCUGGUUGGAUUUUUUUAAAUUAAUUUUCAUUUCCAGUGAGAGAAGAAAUUAAAUUAAUGUGUUGAAAAUGUAGAUUUAAAUCUUUUACAAUAAAAGUGAAACUAAAAAAC